UAUAAAAACAGAUAUCCUUAUCCAUUACGUGUAUAUUCACAGCUAGCCGCACAUCAACUCAUGUCAGAAAAGAAGAAGAAUUUACGCAAGUUGAGCCAUAGAUUGUCUUACGUCUUGAGACACGGUGCCCUAGAUAUGGGUCUCGAGAUGACUGCUGACGGGUACGUCCCAGUUGACAGUUUGUUGAUUUUGCAGCAUCCCAAGUUCAUUGGUAAUCAAUGGACGCUUCAGGAUAUACGGGAUGUAGUCAGCGAUAGUGACAAGCAACGAUUCAAGCUGCGCGAAAAGCCUGCUUCGGAUUAUGGACAAGCAACUCAACGUCACACAAUUUCAUUCAUAAAGCCAGAGUUGCUGCUAGUCCGUCUGUCCGCUGAAGAAUUACGUCGAAUUCCCACCAUUGUACACGGAACAUACUCUGCUUUGUGGCCGGCUAUACAAAUUUCUGGGGGGUUGUCGCGGAUGAAGCGGACGCAUAUACAUUGUGCAUCCGGUCUGAUUGGAGAGAACGGAGUAAUAUCUGGGAUGCGACGAGGCUGCGAUGUCUAUAUAUACAUAAAUGCGGAGGCAUGCGCUGACGCCGGCGUUGUUUUCUACCGCAGUGACAACGGAGUGCUGCUUACAGCUGGAAUAAAAGGAGGAAUUCUACCUUGUAAGUAUUUCUCGCACGUGACAGACGCUGGCGGAAACGAGAUUCUCGUUCGGUCCAAGACGGAGGGAAGUAGGUCAUGCCUAGGCUGA